CGUGGCAUUGUGGACAUUUUGUAAACCAACUAUAUAACGAAGAUUAAUUUAAGAAAAUGAGAUGUGAUUAUAUAUAAUUGAAUAGGUUAAUUAUUUCAUCGCAGAUCGUUUUGGAGUUGCGUACCUAGAAUAUUUAUGAGAGGGCGGUUCUAUUUCCCGCUCAUGCUUGAUUGACAGGUGCCCCGAGGCUAAGCGGAGCUCACGCAGUCUACCUUGGAGAACAUGGUAACAAACCACCCGGCGGAUUCAUAGACAUUUCUACAUAUUUAUUAAUGAUGGACCAUGUUUCGACACGCUGUGGAGUCAGCCGAUCGCGUUUAACAUUGUUGUUGCGGUUGUUCUCCAGUUUCAGCCACCAAAAUAAAAAACCCAGGUGCAUAAACGGGUUUCUCUCUUCCAGUUAGGAUGAAAGAUCGAGACACUUUACUCUCCUCUUCCAGGUAAAUUAGCUUGUGCCUCGGGUGGGUCAAUACAAAUCCCUGUUUGACUGUCUGGGACAUCGAGAGACUCCUCCUGUCCCUGGUCGCCAUCCGAGUCCACGCCUGGGAUUUGCAGUUGUGGGACUCGCUUCAUGGAGAGAGCAGCGAUAUCGUUUCAACUUUUGGACUACAGAAUAGCCUACUGAAAUUAACUAAACGUUAAGGCCAUAUUUCCACGGCAUAUCUGGAAUAUAUCUGUCUUCACUCAUGGAAAAGAAAACCAUGAAAGAGAACAGGGUUCGCUCGCCUCAACUUCGAAGCCUGAACUCCACUAUCAUCUGUCCUCCCAGCGGCAGCAGCGCCAGAGAGAGAGUUCACAGUGUGGACCCGUAUGGCUUUGAGCGGUUGGAGGACUUUGACUAUGAGUCGUAUGAGGAGUUGAUGUCAGAGUACCUGGCCGUGCUCACCAGGAGGUCCAUCAGAUGGUCCAAGCUGUUGCAGGGCCCGGGACGGCUGGAGAAGAGCAUCAAGGUGAAGCGGUAUGUGCGUAAGGGCGUGCCCAACGAGCACCGAGGGUUGAUCUGGAUGUCAGCCAGCGGGGCCCAGGAGCACCUGGAGAGGAACCCAGGCUACUAUCACUCUCUACUGGACACUACGAAGCAACAGCAUGACCCCAAGCUGGUAGACUCCAUACGCACAGACCUGAACAGAACCUUUCCUGACAACGUCCAGUUCCGCAAGACGUCCAACCCAUGUCUCCAGAAAACCCUGUACAACGUGCUGCUAGCGUACGGACACCACAACCCAGCUGUGGGCUACUGUCAAGGCAUGAACUUCAUCGCUGGGUACCUCAUCAUCAUCACUAAAGAUGAGGAGAAAUCAUUCUGGCUGAUGGACACUCUACUGAGCAGGAUACUACCAGACUACUACACCCCGGCCAUGCUGGGGCUGAAGAUGGACCAGGAGGUUUUAGGGGAGCUUGUGAGGACCAAAGCCCCAGUUGUGUGGCAGGCCAUGGGGCAACACAACGUCAUGUGGACCCUGGUGGUCUCCAGGUGGUUCAUCUGUCUCUACAUAGACGUCCUGCCUGUAGAGACGGUUCUGCGUAUCUGGGACUGUCUGUUCUACGAGGGUUCUAAGAUACUGUUCCGUGUGGCUCUGACGUUGAUAAGGAACCAGCAGGCUGAGGUCCAACAGGCCGGUUCCCUGCCUGACGUCUGUGACAGCUUCAAACACAUGACCAGAGGGCCUUUUAUAGAGGACUGCCACACCUUCAUGCAGAAAAUCUUCACAGAACCCGGAAGCCUCUCCAUGGCAACCAUCACCAAGCUCCGGGAGAGGUGUCGAGCGCGCAUCAUCGCUGAGGAGUCCUGACCCCAUCCUCCUGACCUGUCAAUCAAACACACUGCACAUUCCGGGCUGGGUCCCAACACUCCUUAAUGGUCUCCUCUCCUCGGAUCCUAUCCCUCACUGUUGGGACAGUGUCCUAGACUGUUGUGUACUCUUUAGCAUAACUACCAUGUAGACUACCAUGUAGCUAUGUAGACUACCAUGUAGCUAUGUAGACUACCAUGUAGCUAUGUAGACUACCAUGUAGCUAUGUAGACUACCAUGUAGCUAUGUAGACUACCAUGUAGCUAUGUAGACUACUAGGGAUGAAAAUAAGGUGUUAGGAGUACCGGUAAAUGAAUAACUAUGCUGUGGGGGUACGCCGUACCGGUUAAACAUGAGAAUCACAGUAGUUAACAACAAAGAUGCCAAUGAAACCUUUUGGCUAUUACACUAUUAUCAUUACUGUAUGAAAGUCACAUGAAAUAAAAAUAUUUAGUGAAUGGACAUGAAAACAUGGAAUCCGCUCAGAUGCGAUGUGGUUUGGCAGUAAGUGACAUUUAGCAGAAAGCCGAGAUGAUCAGACAGCAGCGGACACAUCAGGUGAGUUUACCAGACUGACAUCGCUGGAUAUCAUUCAUCAAAUGGUGGCUGCACAGUGCACUGUAGAGAUGCAGGAAGUAACAUGACUUUUAGUCCAGCAUUGGUGUUCAUCUGCAUUGGGGGAAACCAGCCCUGAAUGUAUACAUGUAGCAUGUCUUAACUCACACCCUGCUAACUGAGGAUUCCAUUGUGGCACCCUAUUCCCUACAAAAGUAGUGCACUAUAUAGGGACUAGGGUGCCAAUUGAGAUGUGAGAUUCAUGUUGCUGACUGAAGCUCAUGUUAACUGGAAUUAACAUUUAUUUAAGAACAAGAUUCUAUGACUUUGCACUCUUCUCCUGAGUGAUGAGAAGUAGACUAGAAGCAUAUGGUAUGUUGUCGUACAUGAAUGAUAGUGUCCGUUUUAGUUCACUAUAAACUACCCUGAUUCUUUGUACACCAGACACUAUUAAAUAAACUACUGACUCAAUCCUCCUUCA